AAAGCAGUUCAUUCAUCUUUCUGCAGUGGGAGUGAUGGUGGUUAUGUAACGCCCCGCCUCCACCUGUUACCAGAGACUCGGAGCGUUGGCAGAACCAGUGUUCCGAACUCGGCCCGGUUCCUGCAGAAUCUUCUGCACAGUUGGUGAGGAGGAGAGUUUUCCGCCUCCGCAGCUCGGUGGGGAGGAAGAGGAGUGAUGAAGGCCGAUUCUUCUCAGCUCUUUAUUCCGGAUAAUAAUCAGUUAAAUGCGUCACCUGGGAAACCAGCCUGAACUUUAACCUUCACAGCACAGCAGGUUGAACCACCAUGAUGAAGAUGAAGAUGAAGAUGGAGAACAGAAACUUUAAUUAGUAAAAAAAAAUAUUGUCUGACUCAAGGUUCAGUUCUCUGAUAAAGAAAUAUGGAGAUAAAUUUGUUCCAAUAUUAUUGCCAGCAAAGAACCUGUUUAAAAAUGCAUUUCAAAAAUGAAUCUUUGAAAAACUCAAUCAAAUUAUACAUUUUGAGUUAAAUGAAUGUUUGCAACAGCUUAACUUAAACAGCCAUCUGAUCAGAUGUUAGGAACAAUUGGUCAGCUUGGACACGAAGAUACGAAGUUCUUUUUCUGAUCGUUCAUUCGCCUCUGAAGUUUAUUUACACUGAAUCUAUGGAACAAAUUUCUCUCCGUAAAGAUUCAGCAUUUAUUUUAUCAUCUGAUAAACUAUCUAAACAUAAUUUAGAGAAAAUGGCCGUAAACCAUAAACUUUAACAGUUUAUGGUUCAAACCUGAGCAGGAAAGUAAACUUUAUUUAUGCUGCACCUUUUACACGUCAGAGAGAACAAAGUGGUUUACAAAAUAUAAGGUCUAAACCCACAGAGGAUAACACAGCAGAUAUGUGACAUAAAGCAAUAACAAACUAAAUUAAAGUGAAUCUGAUAAAUGUGUCUUCUGCUGCUUUUUAACAGAAACAUUUUUAUUCCAAAGAGCUCUGCUCUUUGAUUCUGAAAUACCCAACAAAAUAUGAUUAAAUUCAGUUCAAAUAAAAACAAACAGGAAGAAAAAUGGCUACAGAGAAUUUUUGUUUGUAAAAUAACAGAUAAAGCUUGCUAAACACGUUAAUUAGGGUAUUUAUGGCGUUAUGGCUUGGAUUUGACUGGACCGCUAGAGAAACUCGACUGUUUUCACUCAGUCCACUGAUGAGGCGGACUGAGUGACAGCCGCUCCACUGCAGGCGGUGAAGGGUUAAUCCCAGCUCUGCGUAGGAGAGCGCGUGCCAAACGGAACAAAACCCAAAGCGCCAUCUGUCCCACACACACUUGGUUCUGGCGCCGCGUUUUACGCACCGGCUGCGGAAAGCUGCGGGUGAUCAGCUCCACUCAGAUUUGAUCAGGGUCGGUGGUCCUGCUGCGCUCCUCGGUGGCGCGUGAAGGGAACCAGAGGAAGGAUGGACAACUCCUCCUCGUCCCCUCGGGACCUGGACCAGAACCAGAACCGGACCUGGACGGACCACAGCGUCCAGUACAAGGUUGUGAGCAGCCUGCUGCUGCUCCUCAUCUGCGCGCUGGGCAUCGUGGGGAACGUUAUGGUGAUCCUGGUGGUGCUCAUCACCCGGCACAUGCGCACUCCGACCAACUGCUACCUGGUGAGCCUGGCGGUGGCCGACCUGAUGGUCCUGACGGCCGCCGGGCUGCCCGCCAUCCCGGACAGCCUGUUCGCCUCCUGGGUGUUCGGCCGCUGCGGCUGCCUGCUCAUCACCUACCUGCAGUACCUGGGCAUCAACGCGUCCUCGUGCUCCAUCACCGCCUUCACCAUCGAGCGCUACAUCGCCAUCUGCCACCCGAUCAAAGCCCAGUUCCUGUGCACGCUGUCCCGGGCCAAGAGGAUCAUCCUGCUGGUCUGGGUCUGCACCUCCAUCUACUGCGUCAUGUGGUUCUACCUGUCCGACAUCGAGCUGCAGGUGUUCGCCAACGUCACCGUCGUCACGUGCGGCUACAGGGUCCCCAGGAAGUUCUACCUGCCCAUUUACUUCUUCGACUUCAGCGUCUUCUUCGUGCUGCCGCUGCUGCUGUCCGCGGUUCUGUACGGCCUGAUCGCCAGGAUCCUGUUCCUCAACCCGCUGCCCUCUGACCCCAAAGGCCGGGGGAAGCGCGAGGCGGCCUCCGCCAGCAACAACCAGCGCAGCAGCUGCAAGAACGCGCGACACUCCAGCUCCACCGCGACGUCGCGCAGACAGGUGACAAAGAUGCUGGCGGUGGUGGUGAUCCUUUUCGCCGUGCUCUGGAUGCCAUACCGCACCCUGGUGGUGGUCAACUCCUUCCUGGACCAGCCCUACCUGGACAACUGGUUCCUCCUUUUCUGCAAGAUCUGCAUCUACCUGAACAGCGCCAUCAACCCGGUCAUCUACAAUGCCAUGUCUCAGAAGUUCCGCGCCGCUUUCCGUAAGAUCUGCCGCUGCGGGGCGAAGGGCUCAGACAAACCAGCGGCGUACAGCGUGGCGCUCACCUACAGUGCCGUCAAGGACACUUCGCUGGUGGAAAGCACAGAUCACUACACCACAGAGCUGGAGGAGCUCACGGUCACAGACGAGCUGCUGGCAGACCAGAAGGUCACGUUCUCCGACUCAUGUGGCUGUGCAAAGGUGAACUUCAGUCAUGACUGGUUGGAGGCCAGCGAGGCGACUGGUGAGUCUCCUGAGGACUAAAGACCUCCAAAGUGUUGCCUAAUGGACUCCCUUAAGUGGGAAUAUUGUUUCCUGAGUGCCUGCUGACCUUUUUAAAGCCAGGCUGCUGCAGGUAGAGAUGUAAACACAGAUCACAGCCAGUGGAGCGCAAUGAGAGCCUCUGAGGCUCAAAGCCAAACAUGCUGUUAGCCGAGAGUGAUGGCAGACGUCGUAAAGCCACAAACAACCCGACAGAUAAGCGCUGUCAUUACGCAGCUGUUAU